CUCCUCCUCCUCCUCCUCCUCACCCGUACCUUCCCACUGCUACACACCCCCCUCUCCCUGCAACGCGACUCUUCUCCACUCACUCCUGGCUUGUGAGACUGGAGGCAGCCUCGGUGCGUGGCGGGGGAAAGAUAGAGAGAGAGAGAGAGAGAGAGCGAGAAGGAGAGAGAGAGAGAGAGUGUGUGAGGCUUUCCCAGAAUAGAGAAGCAGGAGGUGGUGAGAGGGAUGAUGAUGGAAGCCAGCUUUGACACUGAGGAGAGUUUUGACGAUCCCUCCUGUCUCGCCCCGCAGCCCCCCGGCUCCGUUUCGCCGGCCAAGAGGCAGAUCAAGGAGGUCAAGGAGACCAAGAUAACUAUCAACUGCGUGACUUUCCCUCUGCCUGGAGAAGGCCCGGAGCAGCAGCUCCUCAAACCCAACGAAUGGAGUUACUGCGAUUACUUCUGGACCGACAAGAAAGACCCCCAGGGGACCACCUCUGUGGCGGGCUUCGAGGUUCUUCUGCAGAAGCAGCUGAAGGGCAAACAGAUGCAGAAGGAGAUGUCCGAGUUUAUCCAUGAGAGGAUAAAGAUUGAGGAGGAAUAUGCCAAGAACCUCUCCAAACUGUCUCUGAGCCCCCUGGCAGCACAAGAGGAAGGGACUCUGGGAGAAGCCUGGACUCAGCUGAAGAAAAGUCUCCACGAUGAGGCCGAGGUUCACCUGAAGUUCUCCAACAAGCUCCACAGUGAGGUAGAGAAACCCUUGCUGACGUUCAGAGGCGACAACUUCAAGAAGGACCUGAAAAAGUACGACCAUCACAUCGCCGACCUCAGGAAGCAGCUGGCGAGUCGCUACGCAAGUGUGGAGAAGGCCCGUAAAGCCCUGGCAGACAGGCAGAAGGAUCUGGAGGUGAAGACCCAGCAGCUAGAGAUCAAACUCAGCAACAAGACGGAGGAGGACAUAAAGAAGGCCCGGCGGAAAUCCACGCAAGCAGGAGAUGAUCUGAUGCGCUGCGUGGAUCUCUACAACCAAACCCAGUCCAAGUGGUUUGAAGAAAUGGUCACCACCAGCAUGGAGCUGGAGAAACUGGAGGUUGAACGGAUUGAAUGGAUUCAGCAACAUUUACGCCAGUACACCACUCUGAGGCACGAAACGGACAUGUUCAAUCAGAGUACGGUGGAGCCAGUCGACCAGCUGCUGCAGAACGUGGAUCCAGCCAAAGACAGAGAGCUGUGGGUGAAGGAGAAUAACACCGGUGAGGUUCGGCCCGUGGACAUGGACAUUUAGACCAUCCUGACCUGGCUUCAGCCAUUCUGUCCUCAGUAUUAUAACACAUCCACAGAGUCCCAGAACACUUCUAAUAACACUGAUCCAGGGACAGUGCAUGUUCAGACCGCUGAGGUCUGUCCAUCCUGACUGGAAUAACAGGAGCAAAGGUUCACACUUAACGCAGUCUGAGGCCAGAAAAACAGUAAUGGAUCAACCGUAAAAGUACCAGCAUGUUCCUUCUAAAUUUUAACCCUGUCAUAAUCAACAUUAGCUUAUUGAAUGCCAUUUAACAUAUUCUGCUGUAUACCUGUUGUAAAGUUGAGACUAUUAAAAAAUUAUAUGUAUUUUGAAUCAUUUAGUUUAGCUUCAAUCAACACUUUUCCAGUUUGAGUAAACCAAACACACACACACAAAAAAAGUCUGAUUAUUGAUAUUGCCUUUAUUUUAGAUACGGAUAUUGAAGCAUAUUGAAAUCUUAGAAUGAAUAUGAUAUAUUUUCAUAUUUUGCCGGUUCAUUUUGGUGGAAAUGCAUGUUUUGAAUAUCUUGCUUUUACUGUAUAUGGAGAGCUGCACAAUUUGUGGAACCAUGAUGGUUGUUUUGGUAUAGUGCAAGAGUUUAAUUCACUGAAUUUACACAAGGUAUUCUCUAUCUUGUAAGUGACUAAGAAUCAAUUUAGGAGCUUUUUCACAAUACAUGAGAAUUCGCAUGUACAGCGUUAAUAUCCAGUAACCUCAGUUGUUUAGGGAAAAAAAAACAACACACACACACACACAGUGUUACAGGAUGUGAAAUUGAUUUUGCUCGCCACAAGUCCCAACAUGUGGUCAAUCGAAUUUAGGCCAGGGUCUAUUUGGAUCAGUCCGGAGGAAAAAGGUGGUCCAAGUUACACUGAAACACCUUUUAGUGCCUAACGGUUAUAUACCUGGAAUGUCCUUGAUAUAUCCUAUCUGCAUCAGUGUACAUUUGUACAUACAGGCUAGAUGUAUUUUGCUGUCAAAUGUUAAACAGGCCUCAGAUCUUUGGGCCGAUGAGGUGUUUGUACUGUACAAUGUUGUUUGUCUUAUUUUUGGUAAAUGUACAGAGAAUAUCCUCACGAUGGUGUUUGGUAAAAGGGGCAACAUGCAGCAGAAAGCAAAAUUCACCAAAUUACAUAUUGCAAAAGAGAAGAUAAGGUAGGGAAUUUUUAAAUUUCACCAGUCAUAUGAAUUGAUCUGAUGAUCAAUCCAGUGGAGCAAAAGCCACCUGACUCAUCCCACCGAUAAAACACAUUUUAUCAGAGAUUGCAUGUACCUACAGUAUGUGUCUGUGUUUACAUGUGUAUGUGUGUGUGUGUCUGUCUUUGUCUUUACAUUUUGUUGUGGUCUGUCUGUUCUGGAUUUAUUUGGAUUAUUACCUUUCUGUGGCCGUUCUUUAAAAGGACAAAGCCGAUCAAAUCACAAGUUGUAAUCCAAUCCAGUUUCCAGGCACAAGAAAAGAAUUGUUAUGAAAAAAAAAAAAAGAAUGCUUACCUGCCUUAUCACCAACACAUUAAGAAUGCGUAAUGUGCAUUACAUUCACUUUGUGUAACAUUAUUUUUUUUGUGUUAAAUGAAUCAGGUAAACUGGAUUCAAUAUGAUCAGACCAGACUUUGCUUUGACGCUAAUCCCAAACUGCUCCAUGCGCAGGUUUAAAAUAGCAUAUCUGUUGUAGAGUUUUAUCAGUGUGUGUCAAUGUUGUGCACUAAAUGUGACAAGUUAUUAUGUUCCAACUAAAUGUUCUUGACAAAGAAUCAACAAUUUCAUGAUGAAGUAACGGUUGAGUUAACUGCCCUUCUGUGAUGAACAUUUUCAUGACGUGCAUUAAAAUCCGAUGUUCCCCAUGUUUUAAGAAUGUUUAAUCAUAGGUGACCUCUGUCCAGACAGUGUACUGUGGAAUGCAGUGUCCAAAAUAAAUCUCCUCUUUGAAAAAAUUAAA